AUGAACAGGUCCUCAUAUUCAUCACAGUCAGACAAUCGAUACUCACGAAAUCCAGCUGUAUUAUGCUCAUUUUAUUCAAAAAUCGGUGCUUGUCGACAUGGUGAGAAAUGUUCGAAAAAACAUUUGAAACCAAUUUCUUCAAGAACUAUACUACUCGCCAACCUUUACCAGAAUCCAACAUUGAAUGAUGACGAUUAUGGACACGCAAAUGGCAUUGGUAGUGAAACUUCUCAGAUAAUAGACAAUGAAAGUGUGAUUAAGAAUAGUGAUACUGUAGGUACUGUAUCGCAAAUAGAUGACUCGCCGCAUUCUAAUAGUGGAGAAGUUACCAAGGACGAAACAGUUGAAACACAAGAGGUAGAGACUGAGAAUUCGGAGAAUAUUGCUGAAACCGGUGAUGUCAAGAUAGAUCAUAAUGAAGAUCAGAAGCAAAUCGAAGAUGUGAAAGAAUCGGACAAGGUAGAGUCUUCUGAAGAAGUCCAACAAGAUGAUAAACUUCACAAAGAAGACACACUAGAGAAAGAAUCAGAAGAUAAUAUUAAACAAGACGAAAACAUAGAGGAUGCAAAACUUGAAGAUACAGAGAAAGACAAACUCCCUGAGUUCACAAUCCUGCAAUCACAAAAAGAUUUUGAUCAAUUUUUCCAAGAUAUCUUUGUCCAUAUUUCCAAACUUGGACAAAUUAGAGAUAUUGCUGUGUGUGAAAAUGAAAACAAUCACCUUGCAGGAAAUGUCUAUGUCAUGUUUGAAAGUGCGGAGGAUGCAUAUAAUGCCAACUUACAAUUGAAUCAGGAAUGGUAUAAUGGCAAACCAGUGUACAGUGAUUUGUCUCCUGUGAAUGAUUUCAAUGAUGCUUGUUGUGAAGAAUAUAGGGAUUAUCACGAUUGCCAACGUGGUGCAAUGUGUAAUUACAUGCAUGUAAGACUACCAUCGAGUGAUAUUGAAGAGUCACUAUAUGAAUCUCAGGCAAAAAGUUACAUGUUGAAGCAAUUGGAAGAGCUAAAAAAAGAGCUUCCGGGUGAUAUAAGAUCUUCUUCAAGUACCAAUGAUGAUGAAACCAAUGGAAACGAAAAUGGAAUUUCUUCAACUAUGGCUGUGCUUGAACAGUUGUCAUGA